GUAUGUGGACUUAUGGAUUGUUUUUGACCUGGUCAGGGUCACGGAGGGCCUGGUGCCACCUGUGCCACCCUAACAGUACCCGUGUCGUUACAGUGCGGCACCUACACCCGGGCUGCAGUCUAUUAAACGUCCACUAGACGGCGGUGUGCGUUGUCGGUGCUGCAGCGAACACAACCGCAGUCAGACAUGGCGUCUUCCAUGGGCGGUAUGUUCCCGGGACAACAGCCUCCUCCUCAGCAGCAACAACAACAACAACAACAACAACCACCACCACAGCAACAACAACAACAACAACAACAACAGGCUCCGGGUGUUCUGCCUCCCCCGGGCUCCGCAGCACCGGGACCCAGAGCAGGAGGGAACACGCUAGUGGACGAGCUGGAGGCCUCUUUUGAAGCAUGUUUUGCAUCGUUAGUGAGUCAAGAUUACGUGAACGGGACGGAUCAGGAAGAAAUCAGAACAGGGGUUGACCAGUGCAUCCAGAAGUUUCUGGACGUCGCCAGACAGACGGAAUGCUUCUUCCUUCAGAAGAGGCUGCAGCUUUCGGUACAGAAACCCGAGCAGGUGGAAAAAGAGGACAUUUCUGAGCUGAGGAGCGAGCUCCAGAGGAAGGAGAUGCUGAUCCAGAAGCACAUGAACAAGAUCCACCACUGGCAGCAGGUUCUGGAGGACAUCAACGUCCAGCACAAGAAGCCCACGGAGAUCCCUCAGGGGCCGCUGGCCUUCCUGGAGCAGGCCUCGGCCAGCCUGCCGGCCCCCGGCAAACCCAACUGACCGACGCCUGUCGUGUCGUUUUUUCCCCCUCUUCAUUUAGUCAUAUCCAAAUCCCUAUUACAAUUGCAGGUCGGACUGCGGUAGCUCAGUGGUUGAGGCGCUGGACUAGUAAUCAGAAGGUCGUCGGGUUCAAGGCCCACCAAAACCAAGUCUGUUGGGACGCCCAGCCGGGCCGGUAACGCUGCUGGGUCUGCUGUGCCACCUGUGGCACCAUGUACUGGUGUGAAUAUUUAUGCUUUUGUAUCUUGUAGAAUAAAGAUCUACAUUUUGUA